UAUUAAUGGGCCGUGGCGCCACUCCGCCGUACGCGAAAUUAACAUUUCGGGUUUCCACAUCCCAUAUCCCCAUUCCCCCCCAACAACCCUACCUCUGUUUCCUCUCUGGUUUUGCUUCUUCCAUGGCUUACAUUUUUCGUCUUCUCGCCCUCUACACCACUCUCAUCACUUUCUUGGAUGGCCUUUCUCUUGCUCAGAGACCCGUUUUCCCAAGGGCCAUCAUUCUUCCAGUCACCAAAGACUUGCCCACUUCACAGUAUGUAACUCAACUUCCAAUCGGUCAUAGUAAUAUUCUUGAUCCGCUGAAACUAGUUGUCGAUCUCGGAGGGCCAUUUAUCUGGACCGAUUCUGCCUCUUCAUCUCAGGGUUCCAUUCCUUGUGGAUCGCUCAAGUGCUCCAUGGCUAAUCCGAAUGGAGGAUGCACCAGCAAAGAGAUCUGUGGGCUUCUAUUUGAAAAUCCCAUCUCGAAAAUGGCUGGAUCUGGGAUUCUGAAAGAAGACACCAUAGCUUUGGAGUUCAUAACAGAUGAGCCAAAGGCGUCUUCUUUUUUCUCUUAUGUUCCUAAUUUCUUGUUUUCCUCUGUACCGAGUUUGUUUUUGCAAGAUCUGGGUAGUGGCGUGAAUGGCGUUUUGGGCCUUGGGAAUUCUAGGGUUUCUCUGACAUCCCAGCUUGCAAACGCCUAUGCUGGUAUUCCCAGAAAGUUCGCUCUCUGUUUGUCCUCUUCUAAUGGCGCCAUAAUCUCCGGUGACAUUCUUCAACACAAUGAUGACGUGUCAAGGUCUAUGGUGUAUACCCCCUUGGUUUCCGGCCAUAAUGGUCUAGAGUACUACAUCAAUGUCAAAUCAAUCAAGAUUAAUGAUAAAAGGUUGGGGCUGAAUGGAUCUUUGCUGUUCUUGGAUGAAGAAGGUGAGGGAGGAGGGACAAAGAUCAGCACAGUGGUGCCCUACACAACCAUGAAGACCAAGAUUUACCAUGAGUUUCUUGAAUCCUAUUUAGAAGCUGCUGCUGCCUCCAUGUUGACUAGGGUAGACUCAGUGGGGCCAUUUGAGGUUUGUUUUAAGGAUGUUGUUGGUUGGGAUGCUCCAAAGGUUGAGUUUGUGUUGCAGAGUGAGAUGGUGAAGUGGAGGAUAAUGAAUGCAAUGGUGAAGAUGAGUAGUGAUGAUGGGGUGAUGUGUUUGGGGAUCUUGGAUGGUGGGCAGGCUCAGAUUGCUUCCAUUGUGAUUGGAGGAUACCAAUUGGAAGAUAAUUUGUUGGAGUUCAAUUUGGGCACUUCUAUGCUUGGGUUCACUCCUCUAAUGCCAGAAACAACUUGUUCACACUUCUCAGGAUUAUUUAGAGAUGGCAGAGACUCUGUUUGAAUGCUGCCCAUUUUCGAAAGAGAUUAGCUAUUUCUUAACUACGAGACUAUUAUUAUGAAUUGUAAGUAACAAUCCACGCACUUGUGAAUGUAUGCAUACAUUAUUUUUGUUGUAAUUAGCAACAGAACUUUUUCUGGACUCUGAUACCUAUGUAUGUCAUUGUACUAAUUAUAACCUACUCUAUCAUUUCUAGUUUUUAUAUAAUAUGGAGUAUGAAAUAUUAUAAACCCAAAUAGUACUCGUGCAAUGCACAGAUAAAAUGAUUUGCCUAUUUAUGUGUUACGUAGUAAUAUACUGCCUAUAUAAAACCAAAAGGGUAAUAAAAAUAUGGAGAAGUGUUUGUGUUUUCUUAAAAUUGAAACAUGAUCAUUCACAAUAAUUAUCAUUAAUGAUAAUGGACUCUUAUGAUGUUUUCUUUUGGACUGUUUCCAGUCUCAGACUUUCGUAGUUAUAAAAUACACAAAUAUCAGAUAUUUAUCAAACAAGUUCAAAUAAGACAAGACUAGAUUAGACCAGAUCACACCAACUCACAUCUAUAUUCAAACAAAAAUACAAUCUUACAUCUAAGGGAGCUAAAAGAUCUUUAUAUACAGCUCCUUUUCAUCUUAUCUUUGCUAAAAUCUUUACUUCCAACACUUGUUUCCCAAAUUAUUUACGGAGUAUUAUUUAAUGUACACCAAUUGUAAUAUGAAUGUGAUGCUACGGGGUACAAUUCGUAUUACCUUUCGAAGGAAAUAAUAACAUUUUAAAAAUUGAGAUGGAUAACAAAAACAUGCAUUUAAAGGACUUCCAACAUUUGCAAAAUAACAUCAUUUUUAAGCACUUGCCCAAAUUGAGAAGCCAAGUAACUAUAGUUGGGUAUCAGCCCUGUUCCUUUAGGUGAUUCCAAUCUCUCACGGCUUUCUUUGCUACAUAUCAUUUCGUAAAAGAAGACAAAAAAUAAUGAUAGAAGUAUUCUGCAGCCCAUUGAUUAUCCAUUCUUUCAGCACCAAUAUAGAUAACUAUUAUUCAUUUAGUAAUGUUUAUUCCGAUUUUUAUACAAAGUUUAACUAUAUAUGGCCGCCUUUUAACACACCGGUACAUCCAAAUCUAUCAAUCGUAUGUGUUAAGGAAAAUAAUCGUAUGACGACACCAUCAAUAUUUGAAGAUAUGGGAAACAAGCAAGAAGAAGAUCCUAAUCUAGUAGAGAUCGAGAAAGGGGUUCAUGAAGGUAAGUUCUCCGACUUCCAAAUGGACGAUAAAGGUGUACUUGAGUUCCGAGGGUGCUUGUGCAUUCCAAAUGUCGAGGAAAAGAAGAAGAUUUUGAAGAAAGCUCAUGGAACACACUUCGCAAUGCACCCUGGUGUAACAAAGAUGUACAUAGACCUCAAACAAAGUUUUUGGUGGAAAGGGAUGAAGAAAGAUGUGGUGAGGUUCGUACAGUCAUGUUUGAUCUGUCAACAGAUAAAGGUAGAACACCACAGGUCGGGGAGAAAAUUGCAGUCUAUUGAGAUUCCAAAGUGAAAAUGGGAGGAUAUUUCAAUGGAUUUCAUUGUGGGUUUACCAAAGACCACGGGUGGUUACGAUGGCAUUUGAGUGAUUGUAGAUCGAUUAACCAAAUUGGCCCAUUUUAUUCCCAUUGCAGUAACAAUGAACGUAGAGAAGCUGGCUUGGUUGUAUGUUCGUGAAAUAGUCCGAUUGCACGGGGUCUCCAAAACUAUAAUUUCCGAUAGAGACUCCAAAUUCACAUCACACUUUUGGGAGUGUGUGCAAUGGUCAUUGGGAACAAGGUUGGAGUACAACACUACCUUUCAUCCCACAGACAGAUGGGCGGACCAAGAGGAUUAAUAGAAUCCUUGAGGUCAUGUUAAGGGCGUGUGUUUAUUGACUUUCAAGGCAAUUGGGUGAAAUAUUUAAGUUACAGAAUUCACUUAAAACAAUAGUUACCAGGAUACUAUUGACAAGGCUCCUUACGAAGCAUUAUAUGGAAGGAGAUGCAGGUGCCCUAUCACAUGGUUCGAGAGUAGGGAAAAGAAAGCUAUGGAAGAACAACUAGAAGGCAGAACUAAAAUUUUUAUAAGGUGUGAGGGAUUGUAACGACCGUACGUUUAUUUGCCCCUUAUGUGCUAAAUUUAAU